CCACACUUUACAUUACCACAACAACAGCGCAGACGAGAGAGGAACAAGACAGUAGCAAGCAGCAGCAGCACACACGCGACGACCAAGACGGAAUGGGCCUCUGUGUGUCGUACGACGCGGCGGCCGACGGCCCGGCGACCGCGAGAGUGGUGCUCCCCAGCGGCGAGCUCCGGGAGUACUCGCCGCCCGCGACGGCGGCCAUGGCGCUGGAGGAGGUGGGCCAGCAGGGGUGGUUCCUCUGCGACGCCGACAGGAUGGGGUUCGAGGGCUCCGUCGCGGCGGUGGCUGGCGGCGAGGGGCUCCAGCCGGGGCAGAUCUACUUCGUGCUCCCCGCAGAGAUGCUGCGCCGCUGCCUCACCGGUGAGGAGGUGGCCUCGCUUGCCGUCAAGGCCAGCGCCGCCUUCGUCAAGGCCGCCACCGCCUCGUCUGCCGGCGGCCGGCGCCGGCGAGGCUCCGUGGCGCCGCUCGUGUUCGCGCCGUCGGAGGAGGACUACUCUGACGAAACCUUGGCGAAGUUUGCAGUGAAGCCGGCGGUGCCGCAGAAGCGGAGGGUGGCCUACCGAGGCGGGAGGUCGCCGCCGAGGUUCUCGCCUGACUUGACGGCCAUCAUGGAGAGCGAGUAGAGCCGCGGAGCGCACGAGACUGCCAGAAAAGAAAAGGCAUCUUUGCACAUAGCCCUGCCUCGCCUGGCCGCGAGAGAUGCGUGGCCAGCCGCUGAUGUUAGAUCGGACGGGGGAGACGCGGAGAUUAACGCGACAAGUGAUAUGUGGAGUUAGUUUCUCGAGUUGGAUCGUAGAGGGAUAGUCGCGUUUUGGACGUUGUUAAUAUAGACGUCAGAAACAAGUAGGGAAUGCACAUACAGAUAUGCCAAUGUAAAUACUGUAUAAAUGAUGUGGAGUACGUAUGCUCAAUUACUGGCCCA